AUGGGCUCUCCUAUUUCUUCUGUAAUCGCGAACAUUUUCAUGGAGCAUUUUGAGAAAGAGGCCCUCAGAAAAACACCCAAAAAACCAGAAGUUUGGUUCCGUUAUGUAGACGACACGUUCGUGGUAUGGAGACACGGCAGAGCCGAACUACGUAAAUUCCUUGUUUUCCUCAACAAACAAUAUCCAAAUAUUCACUUCACUAUAGACAUAGAGGAAAACGGAAAACGAAAGACGAAAGACGAGACGAAAGACGGAAGACGAAAGACGAAGGACGAAAGACGAAAGACGAAAGACGAAAGACGAAAGACGAGACGAAAGAAGAAAGACGAAAGACGAAAGACAAAAGACGAAAGACGAGACGAAAGAAGAAAGACGAAAGACGAAGGACGAAAGACGAGACGAAAGACGAAAAACGAAAGACGAGAUAAAAAAGGAAGACGAAAGACGAAGGACGCAGAAAGAAAGAAGACGACGAAGGAAGCGGAAGGCGCGGAAAGAUGUAAGGAAGGAUCUAGAAGGUUCGAGAAGCAUCGGACGCCAUAUUGA